GCGGAUUUCAAAGGGUUCGAGAAAACUUUAUUUUUUGGAGGUUCCGUUGGCGGAGGCUGCGAUUAGUUUUGGUUGACCACUAUCGCGUUGUUGAUUGCUGCGACUCAUUCGACGAGAACGAAGAGGCAGCCAAUUGAUCUUGUUCAAGUAGAUUAGAAGAGCUUGACUGUGUUGUUAUAACAGAUCAGAAAGAAGUUGAUGCAGAGAGAUGGUUGUGUACUCGCUGUAUAUCCUCAACAAAGCCGCCGGUCUGAUCUAUCAGAGAGAUUUCAAUGAUGGCCUGCAAAAGCUGUCGUCGAAUGAUUACCUGGUUCUGUCUGGCACUUUCCACGCCGUGCACGCGAUAGCCUCACGCAUCUCCCCCGUCCCCUCCUCCUCCGGCAUCGAAGUCCUCGAAACCGACACUUUCCGGCUACAAUGCUUCCAGACCCUCACCGGCACGAAAUUCCUCCUCAUCUCCGACCCGCGCCAGCAAAGCUCAGACACGAUCCUCCGGCGGAUAUACGAGCUCUACGCAGACUACGUGAUCAAGAACCCGUUCUACCAGAUCGAGAUGCCGGUCAGGUGCGAGCUUUUUGAUAGGCAUUUGGCGGCGUAUAUUAAGGCUAUCUCGUGAUUUGUCGGUGAUGAGUUUGUAUUUCUUCUGGGUUUUAGGCGUUUGUUUUUGUUAAUGGAUUUGCAAUCGAGAAUUGCUGAUUAUUUUCUUUUUAUCUGCAUCUUAUCUGUUUAUUCACUUCAUGCUCGAGUUGUUACAUGUAUACGGUACGCGCGCAUGUCGUCGCAGCUAUCUGCCUCUUGUAGACACCUUCCUUCCACUUCUUCUUUCCUAUCCUCCUCUGAUAGCAUACUUGUGUUAUCUUCUCCAGCAGUCGUGAUUAUACAGCUCUUAUUGACCGGCUCUGGUCCCUGAAUCGAGCGGAGACAGGCUCUACAAAUACAAUACACAGAGCUGAUAGCAGACCACGCCAGCUCAAAAUAUAAACAGUUGGUAAACAGCAAUAUCAAACCACGAUCCAGCAUAUCAGCAAAAUACAGCUCAUAACAAUGUAAACAGCAAUAAACCUCUCUCUUUACUGGUGAUUAUAUUCGCA